AUGGAGAGACUCGCUCGUGUGGCGCAUGGCGGACCUGAGGUCGUCCUAGGGGACAGAAGGUCAUACGACCUCUCCCGCUCGGAGCUCACCCUGCUCGUUUGCAUCUCCGUCAUAGGAGGCAGCAUAGCGAUCGUGCUGGUGGCGUACUGCGCAUGGAUGUGGUGGCAGGAUAUCUACGUUCCCCCCCAAGGAGCUGCUCCUGCCUCUGGCUCAGCAAGAACGUCUGAGUGCGAGGCUGAAACAGAAUCCGACCCAGAGCCCGAGCCCAGAGCCGUCGCGCAAGGGGCACGCGAGACCGUCGAGGCGACCCGAGUUGAGGUGAGGGAGGAGGAGGAAGCGAAAAGCUUGAAGACGAGCCUCGAGAGCUUCUUCAAGCUCUACAACCCUGCGAAACUGAAGAACGUCGACAAGCUCGUGGAGGAAUUCGGGAGCAGGCCGUGGGAGCUCAACGAGUUGCUGGUGAAUCGCUAUGGACAUUCACUGCCAGACCUCGCGAUCUUGAAAGCGCAGGCAGAGCAGAAGCAGCAGGCAGAGAGGAGCAAGGAAGUAGUCUCAACCGUCCAAGAGAGCGUGAACGAGACCAGUCAAGUAGACAUCUAUCAUUCCAUCCAGAUGGACUCCCCCUACCCAGAGAUCAGCUACGACUCUGAAGCUCUGAACAUGCAUAAACCUCGGGUCAAAGGCGUCGAUCCUUUCCUCGACGAAUGCUCUCGCAUCUCAAGCAAAGCAGGAAAGACUUCCAAGGCAAACGAGUCUGACUCCCCCUUCGCUUUUCGGAAUCUACACAACAAGAUGCAGCAGGAGAUGAAGAGGACUUGGAAUGGAGGCGGCGCGCGUGGUUGGGGGUCGGGGGUUCAGUUUUCUGUUCGAAACGGGAGGAAAGAGAGCCAGGAGAGGCAGAAGGAGAAAGACAGCGAGGAGGGUCAGUCGUCAGGCGUCGAUUUUGAAACAGCGAGCAAGGAGGACUUUGCUACAUCAAGAAGAUUGUCUGCGCAAGAGGUCUCAGAGUUGAUAGCCACGGAAGAUCCAACCACCCUCGACACGGCAGAAGACUUCUUGUCAGGGAACGACGACCAGGACGUGAGUGAAGCAUUGAGGGCCCAGCCAGCUGAGCUCCAGGUGGAGGGAAAGUUCGGGAGUGUGCUUGAACCUUCAGCUGCGUUGCUGGAGGAGGAUGGCAGACGAGAGGGAGACGAGGACUUGGCGGGCGCCAAGGAGCAGGAGCCCAGCAAGGGGCAGCAGGAGCUCUAUCAGACACGCUCCGCCCUCCCAGGAGCGGGGACAAGGUCGAUCGAGUUGAAGGAGGGAAGGAGGGUGACGAAGGAAGAGAUUUAUCAGGAUUUCAUUCAGAGCUCCAGGCACCUGGAUGAAACGGACCUCACCUUCCCCUCCCCCUCCCAGUCUCCCAGCACGAGGAGCAGCCGCACCCAAGAGCAGCAGCAGACGGCGGAGACACCUCCUACCCCGUCAGAGCUCUCCUUCAUCUCUUUGAAGGAGGAGCCAGGAGAGGCGAAGAGAGAAGAGUCGCUGAAUGAUGACGUGGCGAGGCGGAUCAGGGAUCAGAUCUCUUCCAAGGCCCUUGAGAGCGAAGAAGGCGCCAGCGACGGUAAUGAGGUCUACUUCUCCUUCUAUGAGGGGAAAGAAGAGGGAGAUAACGAUGGCGAUGCAAAAGAUAAGUAG